CGUUAGCCUCCGGGCGGCUGAGGAUUCUGAUUCGUCUCCAUGUGCCCGCCAACAAGAAGAAACCGGCGCUCGGUGCCACUCGGUCCGUAGCCCGCCCGAAUCGGCUGAUCUCGGUGUGCUGCUUGAAUAUUAUUAUUAUUAUCAUCGCCGUUCCCGCGAGCACGCCGCCGUGCCGUAAUGUCUCGUCUGUAUUCGCGUCGUCCGGGAUAUAGGUGUUGAAUUUUGACACGCGCGUGCCUAUACCGCGGUAACACACGCGGACGUACAUACAGGAAUCGUCACGAAUUUACGCCCCCGGCACCAUGAACGCCCGAUCGAAGUCCGAGAUCCGCGAGACCGUUAUCAAUGAUCUGAUGGUCAUCCACAAUCGUCGCGUGGAACUGUCGAACCGUCUCAGGGAGAAUCUGGAGGACAGUCUGUCCUACGUGCAGGAGCUCGCCGCGCAAUUGUCACAGCCGUCGUCUGGGCCGCUCGUCCCGAAGACGCCGAAGAAUCGGAAAAGACUGGUCCAGCGUAUCGAGACCAUACCGGAGGACGAGGUGUUUCAGCAGGAACAUCUUUCGCCAGCGAGCUCCGUGCAGUCUGUCAAUGAGGAGGAACGAAAGGAGAAUGAGGUCGUAGGGGGUAGAGCUAAGAGAGGAGCAUCCAAGAGAGCAGCGGAUAACAUCAAGAAGCAAAGCCUCAUCCUGAGUAAUUCUGUAAAGAAAAUGAAGAGAGACAGUCAGAUUAAAAGGAAAAAGUCAGCAGCAAGCAGUUCCGAUGAAGAUAACGAUAGGAUUUUCAAGUAUAGCAGAAUAGAGGAAAGUCAAACGAGAAGAGUGACGAGGAAGCAAUCCAAACAGAUUGCUCAACCUGUGGAAUCUACGGAACCUGUUGAAGAAGCUAUGGGUAAGAAUACCAAGGAGGAUGAUAAUUUUGAAUCGCCAGUUCUACGACGCUCUAGUAGGGCAAGCUCCAAUACGGCGAGCUUCAAGAGUUCUCAGAACAGGGAAGUGAAUAAUGUCGAUGACACAAUUGCUGCACCCAAUGCAGAUGAUGUCGAUGAACCGUCCAUGUACGAGGAUGCGAUUGGAAAGCCUGUUCCAGUGAUGAAUUCAACUUUAAAGCACAGUCUCUUGCCACAGUUAAACGCCACAGUGGUAUUGGAGCGUUUACCACAACAGCCAAAUUUAAACGAGACAGUGGUGAUCCAGAAAGCAGCUGGAAACAGCAAGAAGUCGAAGGAAAAGGAAAGUUCUAAGAAAACAUCGCAAGACGUUGCGCAAUCGUACAAAGCACCCGCACAAUACAAUGACUGUGAUGAAUUGAUUACAGACGAUGAAUCGUCGCCUGAAACAAAAAAGCCGAGAAAGCAACUUGGUAGGAAGAAGGUUAAUAAGAAACAAGUCAAAGGCACGUCAUCGACGUCCAGCGACGACGAGAUCCCUAAUACGCCGGUGAAGACGCGCGUCAAGGACGCAGUUGCGCCCAUGGCCGCGCAAGAAAGUAAAACCGCGUACAAGUCGAACGCCUUAUUUAGUCCUUACGCAAAGGAAUCUGUGAAGAAGCGAGUCGAAGCGUUCGAGCAGGCGGUUAUGUAUAGCCCGAGAUCGAAGGUCGACGUAGACGCUCCAACCAGAAUAACCAGGACGAAAACUCGUGCAAUGGCCACCGCGGAAAUGGAGACAGAAACGAAUGAGAAGAGCGUUGCGCAAAAAUUAGCUCGUAAGUCGGUCGCGAAAGCUAAGAGGAUCUCGUUAGCGAAACAAAAGAAAAACGAAGAGUUAAAAGAGGUAAAAGAAUCUGUGAACAAGGAACAACUGCCAGAACGUAUUAAUAAAUUGCUUCAGAUUCAAACUGAUAAAAUAAACGUGAAGCAAACACAGCAGUUAAAAACGACACCUUUAAGCAAGCUAAAGUUGAUGCAGCCUACAUUGUCUGUGAAUCGUCUUCACACCCCUUUAAACACGCAGAAUCUUUCGAAUUAUUCAAAAACUUUAACCGCCUCGCGUGCGAACAUCAUUACUAAUAUGGAGUCUUUGAUUCCACCCCCAAAAAGUACCACUAAAACCAAUUCGGCGGAGAACCAAUUAGACGAAAAGAAGCGGCCUGAGGAGGACGCGAGAAAAAAGAGAGAGGAAGCCUUGAGAUUGCUGACGGAGGAGAAGAGAAGGAAGCGACAAGAGAAGGAGCUCAAGAACAAAUUAGCGAGAGAAGCUAAGGAGAAGCAGGAAUUGGAGAAACGGCAGAGAGCCGAGAGAGAAAGAGAGGAGAAGGCGAAAUUAGCCCUUGCGAUGCAAGAAAAGCAACGCGAGGAGAUGGAGAGGAAGCGUCUCGCCCAAUUGCAACGAGCCCAGGAGAAGGAAGAGCGCCGCAAACUGGAGGAGCAACAGAAAUUGCAGAGGUUGCAGGAACAAGAAGAGGCGGAACGUUCGCUCGCCGAGCAAAGACGCCGGGAGCAAGAAGCCGAGAAACGUAGGGAAGCGGAAGCGAGGGCCCAACAAGCCGCCGCCGAAGCAUUAAGAUCUCAGCAGAAAAAUCAACAGUUACUUGCGGCUCAAGCUAAACAUAAGCAACAAGCCAAUAAUAAGCAUCAAGGUGCUACCGUGAGUUAUGUGUUAGAUAGUGAACCUGACGAUGAUGAAUCAGAUGAUGAAAGCAGACCGAAACACGAGAUACCGCAUUGGGCACAGGCACAUGUUCGCAAAGCGCAACUCGCGAUGCAACUACACAUUCCUGACGCAAUAGUUUACAAGUUCUUCAAUACUCGUAAGUGCACGCCAGAUUUGACCGAAUUGUUCCAUGGCAUAGAUAGAAGUCGAUUGAAGCGUACAUCCAGUGCAAUCUGGAAAACGCCGCCGCGUAUUUCCAUGAUGGAAACCGAAUUUCUUGAACCAAAAUUGUCAUAAAUUUUAAAUCACAGAAAAUACUUGAGCAUGAACAUGAUCGGAGGCAUUAUAGUUUAGUAUUGUAUGCAUGUGCUAUUAGCCGAUGAUGAAAUGUCGUAAUAUUUAAGACAAAUCGUUUUAAUUUGAAAUAAAAGUACACGAGGGCGCGUUGUUCAUUGUUAUAUCCUGAUGUUCACCGAGUGACAAUAAUGUAUGUACGUAGCAUCAUUACAACUUGACGAUUAUUAUGUUUACACGAGCGUUACUUUUAUAGUAACUUAACGAUAAUUCCUCCGCGUAAACAAGUGAAUUAUCGUAAGUUACUACAGAAGUAACGCUCGCGUAAACGUAGUAAAUGCUUAAUUACUUAUUUAUAUAUCAUCAUUAUUGUAUUCGCUGAAGAGAGAUUAAAGCCUGUACGUAAUUA